UUCCCCUUGAGAGUGAAGACUGCAGACACUUCCUGAUACGUUUGCGACAUGUAAAGCUUUCUGAAAAAAUAUCAAAACUGGAAGCAAAGUGACUGUUCCGGUUGAAUCAGAAAAAGACAGAAUAAGUGAGGAGUGAAGGGGAGAAGUGUGAUCAAUCCAAGGUUGUUCCUGAAUUGCCUCAAGAUUUCUGUCUCGCCAUGUCACUUGUAGAGACCAUCCGGCUUUGGAGUGAAGGUGUAUCUGCUGCUGAUCGCAAGGACUGGGCGGCAGCCCUUGAAUCUUUCAUGUCUGUUCAGAAUCCUUCUUCCAAAAUCUGCUUUAACAUUGGCUGCAUCCACAUGAUUAUGAGGAAUUUGGAAGAGGCACAAAAGGCCUUUAUCAGAAGCACAGACCAUGACAAGCACUUAGCGGUGGCCUAUUUUCAGCGAGGAGCUGUGGCUUACCAGAUGGAAAAUUAUGAGUUAGCUAUUACUGACUUAAAUGAGGCCUUGGCUCAACUACGGGGGAAUGACCUUAUAGAUUACAAGAUUCUAGGCCUGCAGUUUAAGUUGCUUGCUUGUGAGCUAUUAUACAACAUUGCUCUCGCCUACGCUAAGCUGAAAGACUGGAAAAAGGCUGAGGAGCAUUUGACAAGAGCAAUAAAACAGAGGAUGGGCUCCAGGCACAACAAGAUAGAUAAAGCUAUGGAAUCCAUCUUGAAGCAAAGAUUGUUUGAACCUAUUGUGAUCCCUGAAGGAAAGUUAUUUCGACCAAAUGAAAAGCAAGUGGCACAGCUGGAGAAGAAAGAUUAUUUAGGGAAAGCCACGGUUGUGGCAUCUGUGAUUGACAAUGAUGACUUUUCUGGUUUUGCUCCUCUUCAGCCCCAGACAUCAGAUCCACCUCCCAGACCUAAAUCACCAGAAGUCCUCAGGGCACUGCAAGGAAAACCUCACAGAGUCUUGUAUGAAUUUAUUCCUGAAACUUCAGAAGAGCUUCAAGUUGUUCCUGGAAACAUUGUUUUUGUUUUGAGAAAGGAGAGAGACAACUGGGCCACUGUUGUGUUUAAUGGAAAGAAAGGGAUUGUGCCUUGUAACUACUUACAGCCAAUGGAACUGCAGAACCAGCCUAUAUUCCAGGAAGAAAACAAUAAAGAGAUGGAUAUCCCUGCUCCACCAAGCUUUGCUGCUCCAGAAUUCCCCAACCAUCCUUCAAGUCGCAGCGGAGAAUUGAAGUUUGAUGCAUCUCCAACACCUUAUAUCAUCAAAGUGCAUUACAAAUUCACAAUAGCCCUGCUUGUGAGUCCCAACUUGUCUUACAGCAGCCUUUUAGAGAAGGUGUGUAAGAAACUGGAACUCUCUCCUGAGCAUACAACACUGAGCUACCAGACAAUAGAUGGCAAGGAUCAGGUCCUGAAUGAAGACGGAAUGACAACCUUAUGGAACCAUGCAAAGGACAACUGCUUGACAUUGUGGUGUACCGUUAAUGAGAUCAGCAAAGAUAAUUUAAGAAUGGAAAACGGUGAAGAGGCACAGCAGAAAAUACUAACAGAGACUGAAUCAAAUCGAGUUAUAGCACGUUAUACUUACGAAGCCACUCAGGCAGAAGAUCUGGAGUUUCAGAAAGGGGACACAAUUGUUGUUCUGGCCAAAGUGAAUGAAGAGUGGUUGGAAGGCACGUGCAAUGGGAAAGUGGGCAUUUUCCCCAAAGCAUUCAUUGAACACAGCCAAAAUCUGGAAAAUAAUUCUGAAGAAUAAGUUGAAAGCCCACAAAGAAUGGAAAAAAUCAUUAAUUUUUUUUCAAAGCAACUCAUUCAUUAUAUCGAAAGUUGCCUUUGCCAAUUGAAGCCCUUAUUUUUUUUCUUGCUAUUAUUGUGGUUCAGUGUAUUUUGCUUAAAUGCUUAUCAUUUAUAACUUCCCUAUAUUAUACCUUACCUAAAGUGCCAGUUAUUUGCAACUGGAUUCAUGUUUAGUAGCAGUAUUUUACUUUCCAUCUCUGGCAACGUUCUUUGCUGUCAGUAGAGUUAUCAUCUCCAAACACAGGAAAAAUGUAUCUUUCAGAUCUCAAAAUGUUUUGCUACCUUGUUAGGGCAAAUAAUGUUAAGUACUGCAUAGCAGAAGCAAAUAAUAGGCCAUGAAGAAAAAAUGGGCAGAAGCUACAGCUGCUUCAAUUUCUACUGCAGAAACUUUCAAAGGCACAUGUGCAAACCUAAGAUUGAACCUCUGAAUCUUAGAUGAGAGGCUGGAAGCAUAAUCUGAAGAUACUUCCAUCUCUAGCAAAUGAUAAUAAUUCAUUAAUUAACUCAAUUGCUUCUGUAUAGUGUUUUACUGCAAUAAAAAAAUUACCUGCAAGGUUGUUGAAAAGCAGCACAAUGUUCAAGUGUUGAUUUUUGCCAGUACUUCUUCAAAAGGUGUGGUUUUGUUAUUUUGUCUAUAAAACACAACU